AUAGGGGGCGCUUGUUCACCUCACUCGAGUCUCUUCGAUCGCUCGGGGAAAUUGUUUGAGAUAAGUAGGGCCUAAAUCUCGAAACGAUAUGGAAAAAGAGCUGAAUUUCGAAGUUUGCAAUCAGUCAAUAACAUUAUCAAAAAAUCAGAUUGAUAAUCUUUCUACCUAUCUUCCCUUAAACUAUGCAUAUUGUAUCUGUGACAACGUUAAAGAAAUAGGUGAAAACAGCUUCUGGGUUUCAUUUGCUGUGAAUACCAAAACAGAAGAGGCAGCAUUAGAAUGGUUCCAUGAGUUUCAACUCAAGUCAAAGACAACAAUGCGUGUGGCUCGGACAUACCUCCCCACCGGCAUUAAGAAUCUUUUUAAGAAAGAAUACAGAUGCCAACACAAGACAAGGUCAUUAAUUACUGUGAAUGAGAAGCAGUCUUCAAAAAAUACAAACUGCCCAGCAAAUGCGACGAUUGUUGUUAGAAGAAGUGACACGAAAAGAAGUAAGAACUAUAAGCAUAUUUGGAAAUUUCCAACAUUUGUAAAACUAGGGUUCAAGCAUAAUCACCCAAUUAAGUGUGCGGAGGUGUUGCGACAUAGAGAUGUGUCUAUGGAGACGGAAACAAAAUUUAAACAACUUUUUGCAAAUGGGCACAACCCAGCAUCUGCGUGGGCAGCUUACAAGUCUGCUUUGCGCAUACAAUACGCCGAGAACUAUGAAGAGAUUGCAAACGAUCGUGCUAUUCUGCCAGAAAUGCGUUGGUGUUAUAGGUUGUAUUACAAGACUGUAAAACCUAUAGACAGAGUUAAAAAAAAUUAUUUCAAAACCAAAAGAGUUCGAAAAAAUACUAAACAAAAGACUGUAAAAUCCAUAGACAAUGCUAAGAAGGACACAACCAAUAAUGCUCUAAAACAAACCAUUCAAAAACAGUCAGUGUUUGAAGUCCAAAAAGAGAAGACUGUAAAAUCCUUAGACAUUUAUAAGAGACACACCAACAUUAAUGUUCCAGAACAAACCAUUCAAAAACCCUCAGAGCGGACUGUCCAGCAAGACAUUAAGGAACUGUGUAUGGCUCUUGAUAAUCUGAAAAAUAAAAUAACAGCUAAAAUGGAAACCGAAGCUGUGCAUGAAUUCAGACCAGCUGUGCAGGCUUUCGUUGGUGCCGUUGGAAAUAUCAAGUCUGACUCUGUCCUAAUAUCAGCGUUAAGUAGGUUUGGGAAAUAUGGAACUAAAGACGUACAGAGAAAACGAAAACUGUCAGAGUCCAUGGACAAUAGCACAAAAAGAAAGAAACAAUCAGAUACAGUUGCAUGUGAGGAAGCGGAUGUGGAGGGCAUUGUGUGUGAACAGAUUGUUGAAUAUGGACCAACAAGUAUGGUUUUACUAUGUGAAAAUGUUAAUUGAACAAUAAUAUGAAACAGAUAUAAUGUAGCUUUAUUAUCAUCAGCAUGUACUGUACCUAAUCUAUAGCAUUCACAGUGCAUAAUAAAUGUUGUUAAAUUAUAAGAUUCUUCCACAUUUCCACCUGCACAAAAAAGCCUUUUCUGGCAUCCAACUAAAUAUUUAGAUCCUUCAACUACAUUUAAAAUGUGCUCUACUGUUGGUACUUGGUGGCAUUCUCAAGUCAUUGUUGACCUGAUGACGAUCUAUACAUAAGUGUACUUCAUCUAAACCCUUCUUUGGAACAAAAAGAAUGUAUGCAUAGACUGAAGCCCAAGACCACUCCAAAUUUUUAGGUCCCAAAUGUGGUCUGGAAUUGAAGGGUGAACGUAUGGCAUACAUCUCAAUCUCUUAGCUACUGUAGUAGUGGUAAUAUUAACUGUUACUGUGACUAGGAAAUCUGUAACUUUCCUAGUCAACAAAAUGUUAUAUAUUCUCUUGUCUAAAUCAUGACAAGAUUUCUUUGCCGCUUGUUGUUCUGGAUUAAACAUCUGGAGAUAACUGUACAAUACUAAGCUUUAAACUUGCUCUUCUUUCUCCCUGAAAGGUGGCAGAGGAAUCAAAUACAGUCACCUCAUAUUUUAUCUCUUUUCUUGGGAAUACACUGAAUUGAGGCAAGUAUUCUUCACCCUCAUUUAGUGAUGGUGCCCUUUCAGCAUGUCCAUUAUCCAAGGCACCCUUCAUGAAGGUAGUGAAGUGCUGCCUUAAUACAAUCUUUAACAAGACCUUAAUGGAGUAUCCAUGCCUGUUCGCAGCUGUUCUGUAGAUUUUUUUCUAGGUGUUUUGAAUGGUAAUGGGGCUGUCCACAUAACUUCCCUUCAGCCUCCAUAAUUUUCACAAAGUGGUUCUCUUCCCUGGAUAGACUCAUGACAUCCUCACCCUUGUCUAAUAGCUCUUGAGUCUUCCAUUUGUAUCUGGUUGGGACAUGCUUCUAAUGUUGAAGGCUUUCUGUUGUUUUGUAUAAUGAUGCUGGUUCUGUAUGUUACUAUGGAAUUGAGUAGGUGGGACCCUCUCUUCUUGGUUUUCUUGCAUUAUGAGCAACUUCAUAUAACCGUGCUAUUCUCAAAGCACUUGCCAAAAAAAAAAAUGUGGGACCCUCUCUUCUUGGUUUUCUUGCAUUAUGAGCAACUUCAUAUAACCGUGCUAUUCUCAAAGCACUUGCCAAAAAAAAAAAUCCUGAUCAUCUAAAUGUUUGUCUCAAAACAUUUAGAUGAUCAGAUGAA